AUGAGGCGCGAGGGGGCCACAUCUAGACCGGGCCCGUUCGGGCGCGCCUCCGCUACCGCAUCGUGCCCGCCCGAGCUACAGCCCAGAGAGCCCAGGGCGCCCAGCCGCGCGUCGCCGCGUGCAGUCCACGUAUCGCGCCCAACAGUCCGACUGUCAACAAUUCACAACAUCACUCCAUCCGUUAGAUACCAGCGCGCCGUCUUACAACUCGCCGGCACGCAUUCUAGCAUUGUCGCAUUGCAGGAGACGAUACGCUCGCAUAACGGCUAUGAAUUUUACAUUUUACAUUCUGGCGUGUUUGGAUCGAUUCGGAUACUCACAUUAGCAUGCCAGCGUGGGGCAGUGGUAUCAACUAGUAAUGUAAACAAUGGGCACAAUCAUGUUCUUUCGAGAGGUCGUGGCCGGCCCGGCGGGCAGGGCCGGCCGCAGCACCGCUGUUGCGGCGUCGCUCGGUAA